GCUUUUGCCUAUGGGUGAUUAUUAGUUCUUAUAUUGGAAUGAUGUUACGAAGAUCCAUGAAGAGGUGUUCACGUUCACCUCAAAGCGAAGUAAACAAUUUUGAGAAUACAGCCCCUAAUUCACUGGAAAAGAAAAAACGAAAGCUAGAAACCAAAGUAGAAACGAAUGAUGGCAAGUUAUUAGAAAAUACAAAAGGGAGUACCACUCACAGUCGGAAAGAGAAAUUUGAAUCUUCAGACAGCAGUUCUGAUGAGUUUAUGAGAGCUCCUCUGUUGUCAGAUAUUGAUUUGAGUAAGUUUCCUGUGAAAAAAGACACAUUAGAUUUCACUGCUGUAGAAAAUAAUAUCUUGGCUGGUGUCACACGUUUGAGUGAUUCUGAGGAUUCUGAUUUUGAUGGUGAUUCAAAAAUUAAAGCAAAUUAUUUUCCUCCCGGUAAGCAACAAGAAAAUACAAGAGAGUGUAUAAAAACUGGUAGAAAAAAGAAGUCAUUGAACAGUACUAGAUCCAGAAACAUAUCAGGAAAGAGGAAUACUUCAACAGAAAGUUUAAAUGUUGUAAAUGACAGAAUGAAGGUUUUGUCAGCACCAGAUGUAAAUAAAAUGGAUGUGUCUCAGUUACUGGCUUUGGGAGAAAUUUCUGAAACUAUACCAAAAGUACAUACAGCUGUUAUAGACAGAGCACACGAUUCAACAUCAGAUUCAGAGAAUAAUUUGUCAGACUGGGAGGAUGUUGAAGGAUUAGAUGUCAAACCUAUAGAACAUGUUAUUCCCAAGGAGGGUAUUGAAGUGACACUAGAAAUGCCUGAUUUGCAUAGGAAACAAAGAAAGAAAGGAUAUGAUUUGGAAGCCCACUUAAGACGUCGACUUAAUAGGGUAAAACGUGAGCUUCAAGUUCUAAUUCACAAAGUACAUCUCCUUUGCUGGAUUGCUCAUGGUCAGUACAUAAAUUCAAUCGUCAAUUCUGAAGUUCUGAUGGCCCUAUCCCUCUCCUUAGUUCCAUCACAACAUUGUUACCCUUCAAAACACACAAAUCUCAGGUACCUUGAGCAAAUUUUGGCAUGGUUUAAAAAAACAGUUGCUGUCUCAGAUGAAACAGAAAACAAGCCUUUAUUACCACUGUGUGAAGCUUUACAGCAGUCGUUUCAAUUACGGACUGCGAGUUCCACGUACAAUUUGGUAUUGAUGUUUAUUUGCAUACUUAGGACACUUGGUAUAAAAGCGCGGUUGAUAAUGUCACUGCAGCCGAUUCCAUUAAAACCCUCGAGUCAGGAGCUGUUUAGCAUUAAUAAAAGAAGAGAAGAAAAAAAAUCAAACCCUAAGGAGGAUGCCGCUGUUGUGAAGGUUGAGAACACUGAUGCAAGGGAUACCAAUCAAGCAACAACUUCAAAAAAGUCAAUGAAAGAUGGAAAAAAAGACUUGAAAUGUAAGAAAUCAGAAAGUACAAACAAAGUAAAAGUUGAGAAACCAGUGGAUAAUAAAUGUAAAAAAAACAACGAAACAUCAAGUAAUUCAAAUUUUAAAUCCAAAACUCAAGACGUUAAACCUGCAAAGAGAUCUAGAAACAAUUCUGACAUGUCAAAAGGCAAAACUGAUGAACUGAAAAGAAUACUUAGGACACGUAAAGAAACAGUGAAUACGUACAAAGACAGAUCUGAUAGUUCUGAUGAAGAUGAUACAUCAAGUGAAGAGAGAAGGGUAGCUUGUAGAAAAAAGCAAAGCCCAAAAACCAAAUUCAGCAAUGAUGGGCACCUUCGUAAAGGACCCACUGAUGAUGUUCAUUUGAUAAAGCAUCAGAAAAGUUCAUCAAAAGUUAAAGAAAGUCGCAGCAAUAAGGAGAUAAAAGCUGUUAAUGUUAAUACAAAGAAAGGAAACUCAUCUCAAACAGCAUUAUCCGUUAAACAAGAUGUAAACAGUGACAGUGACAGUGACUUUGUUCCAGAGUCUUUAUCAAGUCAUAAAUCACGUGACUUCAAAAGAACGGAGUCGGCAGACUCAAAUAGUGAAAGUGAUUUUGAUCUGAAACAGGAAACACAAACUAAGAAGUCAACUAAUAGAAAGGUACCAGACAGGAGAGUAAUAGCAUCCGAUUCUGGAACAUCCAGAGUUGGAAAAGGGGCAAAGAAGAAGCACUGUGAUAUUUGGACUGAGGUGUUCUUGGAAGAGGAGGAAAAAUGGAUUAGCGUUGAUGUCCAGAGUGGCAAACUACACUGUGUUUCACAGCUGCAUUCACGUGCCACACAGCCGGUAAUGUAUGUCCUGGCCUUCAACAAUGAUCUUACUUUGAAGGAUGUGACAUGUCGAUACUGCGUCCAGUUCUCGACAGUGACAAGAAAACUCCGUGUGGAUGAGAAGUGGUGGAAAGAAUCUUUGAGCCCUUUUCUCACCGCUCCCACUGCCCACGAUAGGGAAGAAGAUGAGGAGCUAAACCGCUUAAUGUUGGAUCGACCUAUGCCAACUACUCUAAAAGAGUUCAAAAAUCACCCAUUAUAUGUGUUGAAGAAUGACCUACUGAAAUUCGAGGCAAUAUACCCACCUAAUGCACCACCUCUGGGAUUUGUGAGGGGGAAACCUAUAUACGCAAGGGAAUGCGUCCAUGUACUUCAUUCAAGGGAGAUUUGGAUGAAAGACGCUAAGAUCGUUCAAGUGGGAGAAACGCCAUACAAAAUUGUGAAAGCCAGGCCUAAGUAUGACAAGAUGACAGGGCAGUUUGUAAAGGAUCUGCCUCUAGAGGUAUUUGGCUUCUGGCAGGUGGAAGAUUACAUUCCUCCUCCUGCUGUAGAUGGGAAAGUCCCUAGAAAUGAGUAUGGAAAUGUUGAGUUGUAUAAACCCUGCAUGCUACCUAAGAACGCUGUUCAUCUUCAGGUUCCUGGUUUGAACCGUGUAGCUCGGAAAUUAGGAAUUGACUGCGCGCCAGCAGUGAUUGGAUUUGAUUUCCACUGUGGUGGAAGUCAUCCAGUUUUUGAUGGUUUUGUUGUCUGUGAGGAGUACCGAGACACACUGCUUGAUGCCUGGAAGCAGGAACAAGACGAAUCUGAAAGGCGCCAGCAGGAGAAGUUGGAAAAGAGGGUGUAUGGCAAUUGGCGACGUCUCAUCAAAGGUCUUCUGAUCAGAGAGAGACUUAAAAAACGAUACUCAUUUGGUGAUGAAGCAGGACCUUCAGAAUCUAAGAAAAUCAUCAGCAUGAAACAGAACACAAAAACUAUUGAGAAAAGUAGUGGUCGAAACGGUAAACAGAAAACUGCAUGCAAGAGACGUAAGAUUGAAAGUGAGGAGGAAGCCAGUGAUGGUGAUAAAGACUGGGAUUAGUACAUAAAAGAGAUUUUUAGGGUUUUUAUUGUAACCAUUAUUAAUGUGCUAGCACAUGGAGAAGAAGCUGUCUUUUUUGUAUUAUACCUUCUUAAGCAUGUUUGCAAUUAAAGGUUGCAAGAACUUACCUAUUAGCUUCACCACAUCUCCCUGUCCAUAUGUAACAACUUAAUAAUGGCUGAAAAUAUUUUCAUGAAAUUUGAUGGUGAUGAAUUAUACUAAAAUUUUCACAGUUAAAAUCAGACAACAAUAACGGGCACUUUAUAUGAAGCUCUGCAUGUUUCUGUGUGCUGAAGUGACUGGAUUGUGAAUCCUUAGUCUACUUUGGUCACCAUGGUUGCCUUGGAAACCAGAGGAAUCCUAACCCAGCCAGAAAACCACGUGGGAGAACCGUCCUUGAUGACAUCACCAAGUCAGACACCCCAUCAAUGCAAAUCUCAUUCACCCCAGACAACUCUAGGGUCAGAUUCAUGUGAAUGCGCUAAAAUUACAUUACUUUCAGUAAUGCAACUGCUGAUUUUUUUUUACAAUAAUUUACAAAAUGGCAGGAUGUCCUUGUUUCUGAACAUCGUAAUUUGAAUAAUAUGCAUUUUUCUGUUACUGUGAACCAUUUAUAAUGCUGGAAUAAUCUGUUCACAUAUCUGCUGAUGCAUGUUUAUCUUGAAUAUUAUAGAAGCCCCUAAUUUCAGAAGAAAAUAAAUUCUUUGAAGAAUGUGUGACCCAAACUUUCCUUUAAACCUUAUCAUAUGGGACUUAAACCUUUUUAAUAGUGGGCUGCCAGCUGGACUUAACUCUGGGGUUAACAGUUUUGUACUGCAGCGAUACACAAGCAGGUGGAUUUUCCAUAAACCACCAAUAAUGCUGUCAUAUCUAUAGUGAAGAUUUAAAGUAUUACAGUAUACUGCAUUAUAAUAACAGUUUCUAUAUAUAAUUUUUUUAGUAUAUAUUUACACAAUAAGAAAGCUGUUAUAUUUUACCUCAAAUUUUGAACUGUAACCAUUUUUGUAAUUCUUACAUACAUAAAGUUUCAAAUAUGAAAUA